CCUUUGCCUCUAUGCCCGUAAUGCGUAACAUAAUGACCAAUAACCAUAAAAUCCGAAUUUUUAUGAAUUAAAUUCAAAUAAAAAGUAUUUGUGAUUACUCUUGUUAAUGCGCCACAGAUAAUUUAAAAUUAACGACGAUCUUGUAUUUUUUACCCUAUACCAUGAACCCAUAACUUCAAUUUUGGAUUCCGCUUUGUAUUGCUCUUUUCACACUUAUCGUUCGACUUGUUUUUUAAAAAUCCUUGCACUAGUGAACGUGUCGACAGUUCGUGCUUUGUACUCCAGAGUACAAUAAAUGAUUUUUCAGCCCAAAACAUUGAAUUAAAACAAAGAAAACUGAGGGAAAAUUUUCAACUUCGAUUCAGUUUUGUAGUGCAUUAGGGUGGAUAAAACGUCGUACAAUGUCAGAAAAUCGUGAGGUUACUCUGGCCGAUUUCCAGGCUUGCUCGGGUAUCGAUGAUGUUGGCGAGGCAAUCAUGCACCUCGAGAACACUAAUUGGGACCUAGUGGCUGCUUUGAACAAUGUCAUGCACCACGACACACAGCAAUUGCCAUCAGAAAUGAGUCCAGAUAUUGAAAUGAUGGAGGUUGUGCAGGGAGUGCCAGUUGUAACAUUCUCAUCGUCCGCAGAUGUUUCCAAUCAAAAUAAAACACAGGAGAGUAAUCAAGAUAAUUCAAUCAAGCCAGGGACAAGCAAUCUUAAAAAUUCUAUACCUAGAAUACUAACAUUCAACGUCAAAUAUUUGGACCACACUUAUAAAAUUGAUAUCUCAGACAGCUGCACACUGAGUGAUCUGAAGGAUUCUAUUUUUGGUAAAACAAAUGUAACUCCUUGUCAACAAGAACUCGAGGGAUGGAAGAAAGAGGAGCCAAAGGCAAAUAAUACAAAGCUCCAAAGUUUGAAGUUACCUCUCGAGAAUACAUUAUUGCUCAAUCCAGUUGUGAAACUCGGAGAUUCUAAUUCAGAAGCGAUAGCACUAUCAGAUCGUCUCUCACAGACAUACAUACUGAACGUAAAAGACGAGGUAUACAACAAGACGUACAACUUAAAAUAUCCUGGUACAGCCUCAGUUCUAGAUGUCAAAGCCGGUGUUUACGCUCUGAUAGAUCUACCAGUGAGAUAUCAACAAUGGAAAGGCUGGCCGAGUACUGUUAAGGACGACAACAUAAAUCUGGCACAAAGCGGAAUAUCAUUUCCAGAGCACGAUCUAACUGUUUCAAAAAUCCUUAAUGAAGAAAAACCAAAGGAAGUUGUUGAUCUGGUGGACAGCGAUAGUUCUGCUGAGGAUAAUGAGGAUGCCGAUGAGUUUGAAGACGCCCCAGAGUCUUUCAUCAUUGAGGACGAUCUGUUCGUUGAUAAUAUUAGUCCAGCUAAAUUCCUCCGUCUAAUGCCCGACAAUGUUGAGGACGAGACAAUGGGGACGCUGCACUUUGCAGACCAAUUUGAGAAACGUUAUGGUUCUGCUCACCCAAAAUUUUUUACUGGAACUUUCGAUGAGGCUAUCAAAGAGUCAUGUCUAAAACCUGCUAAGGAUCGUAAACUCCUAGCCGUUUAUUUGCAUCACGAUAACAGUGUAUUGACUAACGUUUUUUGUACACAACUAUUGGGUUGUGAGACUGUCUUACAACUCUUAUCAGCAAAUUUUGUUGUGUGGGGGUGGGAUUUUACUUACGACAGUAAUAUGCAAAAAUUUUUCCACUCUGUUACGCAGUCGUUGGGCAUGGUUGGCUCUGAGGCAGUAAGGAAUAUCGAUAUUGAUACAUUACCUGUUCUGAUGAUUCUAAUGAGAUCAAGAUCAACAACAGAAAUUUUUACCAUUGUCAAUGGCAAUGUUGGAGUUAAUGAAUUGCUGAUCAACUUGAUUCAUGCAGUAGAUGUAUUUCAGGAGCAAAAAAAUGCGGAUAUUGGAGCGGAGGAGGAAAGACAAGCACGAGAGAGGGUUAAGCAAGAGCAGGAUAAAGCAUAUCAGGAGAGUUUGGCUGCAGAUAGAGCUAAGGAGGAGGCUAAACAGCUUCAGCAACGGCUGGAGAAGCAACAGAAGGAACAAGCCGAAAAUGAGAGGUUGGCUGAGGAGGCAAGGAAAGAGGCUCAUAGACUUGCGGUAGAAUCAAGUUUACCACCUGAACCCGAUGCUGAUUCGUCCGUUGGAGUGUUGAAAGUUAAAGUCAGGCUACCAGGAGGGAAGUUUCUGGAGCGUAGGUUCCGCCCAGACACACCACUGCAGACACUCCUUAAUGUUCUUAUUGUUGAAGGAUAUCCUACGGCAGAGUAUAAGGUCUUGUCUAGCUGGCCGCGAAGAGAGCUUACGUCCAUGGAUACCAAGCUCACUCUAUCGGAACUCAAAUUCUGCACACAAGAGACUGUAAUUUUAGAAGAAAGAUAAGUUAUUGAAAAUGUUUUUUCGUAUAAAAUUCAAAAUACAAUAGAAAUUUUAAUAACGGCGGUUUCUUUUCCUAUAAAAAAUUGUAUUUAUUUUAUGAUAAUUCAUUUUUUUCAUAGUCCGAUAACAAUUCGAAUAUGCUGUGUUUUAUCCUAGAAUUUAAAAUUUAUAUGCUGUACUUUUUUCAUACUAUAUCGUAUUAAACACGAAUGAAAAAUGUCGGCUCUAUUU